AUGCUGGAGCAGGCGGAGAAGUUAAUGAAGAGAAAUUCAAGCGGUGCGAUGAGCGCGCCGCAAUCUAAGCCGCUCGCGCGGUCGAGGUCAUCGACCAUGCCCACAACGACACAGAAGCGCGUGCGUUCAAGCCAGCAGAGCGAGGGCGAGCCGGAAUACAACAUCAAGGUGUAUGUGCGGUGCAGGUCGCGCAACGAGCGCGAGAUCCGCGAAAAGUCGAGCGUAGUGAUCUCGACAUUGGGAAACAACGGGCGGGAGGUGAUCCUCACAAACCCCGGGACGGGCAGCAACAAGACGUACACAUUUGAUCGGGUGUUCGGGGUGGAGAGCGAUCAGGAGUCGAUGUUUAAUCAGGUGGCGCGGGCGUACAUCAACGAGAUGAUUGAGGGCUACAACUGUACAGUGUUUGCAUACGGGCAAACCGGAACAGGGAAGACAUACACGAUGAGCGGCGACAUUACAAUGAUGGGGUCCUCCGAAGACGAUCCCAAUUUUGUUCUCUUGAGCGAGCAUGCUGGCAUUAUUCCGCGCGUUUUAGUAGAGCUGUUUCGCGAGCUUCGAGAAGUAAGCGAAGACUACUCGGUUAAAGUCUCCUUUCUCGAGUUGUACAACGAGAAGCUUCGCGACCUAUUGGUAGACGACAAGGAUGUUUCUUUGGAGGAUCACAAUUUCAAUGGAAUGGCUCCUCCAGAAUCGAUACGGAUAUAUGACAGCUUAAAGACUGACAGGACUAGUCCUAACGGCUAUUCUAUUUUUGUCAAGGGCAUGGAAGAAAUGUAUAUCCGAUCUGCGCAAGAAGGCCUUAAAUUGUUGAUGGAUGGCUCGCUAAAGCGUAAGGUAGCGGCUACAAAGUGCAAUGACCUAUCAUCGCGAUCUCAUACUAUAUUCACCAUCACCACUAACGUGACGAAGAUACAUCCAAUAUCUGGCGAACAGUACGUAAAGGUUGGCAAAUUGAAUCUUGUCGACUUGGCUGGGUCAGAGAACAUUAACCGCUCGGGAGCAGAAAACAAACGCGCCCAGGAAGCCGGUCUGAUUAACAAAUCCCUAUUGACGCUAGGCAGAGUCAUCAACGCUUUAGUGGACCACUCACAGCAUAUUCCCUACCGGGAAUCGAAAUUGACUCGUUUGUUGCAGGACUCAUUGGGCGGCAAAACCAAGACAUGUAUCAUUGCCACCAUCUCUCCUGCGAAGAUAUCGAUGGAAGAGACAGUGAGCACCUUGGAGUACGCGACGCGAGCGAAGUCGAUCAAAAACACUCCCCAGGUAAAUCAAUUGAUGGCAAAGGAGUCAUGCAUUAUUGAAUAUAUACAGGAGAUCGAGCGACUAAGGAAGGAAUUAAGGGCUAGCCACUCGAAGGAAGGUAUAUACAUCACACAAGAAAAGUUUGAAACUUACGAAAGUAAUAGUAUCUUAGUCGAAGAGCAACAAGCCAAAAUUGACAAUCUGCAGGAACAACUCCGCCGACUUAAGGAAAAGUUUUUGGAACAGACAAAGUUGAUCAAAGAAAAGGAUGGGCAAAUCAAAGAGCUAGAUGUGGCCAAUCGGAAAUAUCUGGAACAGAGUAAAGAUUUAACUAUUUACAUCAACGGGAUCCAUUCCAAACUCGAAGACUACGAACAUACUAUGAUUGGGAUUCACAACAAUAACAUGAAGCUUUUAGAAGACAUCAAUGACAAUCGCGGCAAUAUCCACGAAGAUUUGCUUGCAAAGGUGGACCAUAUUGAAACAUGCAACCUUAUAAUUUCCAGGGAAAUAACGUCCCUAAUAUCGAUCAGAAACGUGCUACAAGCUUACAGUGACCGCUUCAAAACUGUACUUGGCGGCGUUUUUGAGGAACUCCAAGAGAAACUGACCCAAGUUGGGCGUACUACAGAGGAGAGUCAGUUGGAUGUCGAUCUCAGCUUUGUAGAUGAGAAAUUUGAAGAAGUGACAGAUAUUAUUAAGGCAACGUGUGAGAAUCUUGUAAGGACAAUGGAUGAACAUGUUUCAAAUAUGAAGUUGGAGACCACUGACCUUACUUCUAGUUGUGCUUCCUUGUUAGAAAAAGAGUGUCAGGCGCUUCAUGGAAAGCUACAGAAAUACGUGGAGAGUAUGAAACAAGAACUAAAUUCGACUUUGCAGGAGAUGGUUCGGGAUUUGGACAUGAAGGCAUCUUCUAUGUUAAACGUGGUGCAGUGUACAAAAGAUGGGUUGAUUUCACAUAAAAAGGAGUUGGAGGCCGAUUUGGAAUCACAGAAACGGGAACAUUUCGAUAUUGCCCAGACAAUGGAAGAACAGUUACAAAAAAUUGUUGGCAAAGAAAGGCAGAACAUCCAGGAGUCUAUGAAAGCCAGUUAUGAUUUUCUAAUGAAGCAGAUGGUAGAAACAGAACUGAGGCAGAAAAACUUUGAAGAAAGUAUUGUAAGCAAAGUAAAAGGCUUACUUUCUCAUUCAAACAAUGGCAUGUCGAAGAUGUCUUCAUACGCGGUGGGAAGACUCUAUGACAGUGCAAUCGGCGGGGUGAACUCUAUAGAGAAUACUGUUUCAUCAGCUACCUUUUCGAUGAAGAACGAUCUACAAGAGUUUCAGAUGGAUAUAAGUCCGAUAUGCGACUCCAGACGAUUCGGAGAUGAGUUUACUGCUGUAGAAACUAGAAUUAGCGAAGCUAUUCGUGAAGAAUUAACACCUAAACUUCAAGAUAUCACAUCAAAAGCUUGCAAUCUAAUUGGUUUGGGUGUCCAAGAUAUCAAUCAAAAGGCUUUGGGUGUAUCGGAUGACCAGCGUCGCGAGUUACGGUCAGUGAUAAACAAUACGAAUAACCAUGCCGAUAGAUUAAGGUCAGAGAUCGGGACGCUAGUAAACUAUGUUUCUCAGGAGCAUAGGGACAAUAUUAUGCAAAUAUCCCAAACACAAGACGAAAUACUCCAAGAACAAAUUGCAUCAAUCGGCCGUACGUUCGAUGUGUUAGGCAAUAUUAACAAGCCAGAUGCUAAUGUUCGUACCAGUGUUCCGAUUGAACACGAGUUAAAUUCGGCCAUUAAUGAGUUGCCGCCAUUGUAUAUGCCACAACGGCCGCUAAGUCUAUGCUCACAUGGAAGACAACUUUUAGACGAAGCGUACAGCGGCAAUGAAAACUUGUCUCCAUCUACCGGCAAAUUCAGUAACUUCCCAACACCAUGUGGCGAUAUGAGCGCUCAAACUCCAACGACUCCUAUGCCCGUCCCUGACCAGCCGUUAACUAAAAUGCCUGUUCCGCAAACUAUUAGCUCGCUUAGGUCACUCAGACGACUGACCAUGGAUAUAUGCGAGCAUAGCGCUGAUAUGACAUUAGGAUCCAUUCACGAAAGCCAAAAGGCAAUGGAUUCUAGCAGAAGGUACACUUUAGAACCCAGGCUCUUCGAAAAAUAG